AAAAUGUAAAUACAGUUUCAAAUUUUCCUCAUUCAGCGCUGACUUUUUCUUAAUGCACAUUCGUUUACAAAUUUUGAGGGGACUUUGUAUCUCCAUGCCCCAAUUCCCCCCUAUAUUACUUCCGCUUGCUAAUAGCCUAAUACUCAUUGAAAGGCCACCAAAAACACACUAAAAUUAACACCAAACAAUCACAAAAAUUUACUCGUACUUCACCAACAACACAAUUCUAGAGUAUAUCUUUGGUUAAUUAAUAUUAUACCCUUCUUCUGAGAAAUUUUGGGUUUGAAGCUUCAUUAGGGUUUGUAAACACAUAAUUUAAUUUCGAUCAUCGUCCUGCUUUAUUAUUAAGAAAUUGAUAUUGAAUUCUUAUGGUUUGCUAAAGGAAUUUGUAUUUUGGGAUUUGGGUACAAUCAUUUUUUGAGGUAUUAUUGGAUUGAAGGCAGAUUUAGGGUAUUAUAAGGAGGAUUUCGAUCUCAAUUUUGUUUUGUAGGAGCCCAAUGGAUGAAUCUUCUUCUUCCUUGAUCAGGAGGACGAAGUUUUCACACACUGUAUGUCAUCGAAUCGAUUCAUCUAUAUUGGCCUCCAUGUCAUUAAGAUUUCGAACACAGGAAAUUCCCCAAUUCAAACCUAGACCCGAAACUCCUGCUUCUCGGCCCGAAGCAGCCACUUUACCUGAAAUUGCUGCUUCUCGCCCUGAAUUAGUCGGUGUUCGCAAGGUACACGAAUCAAAUCAAACCCAGGUUCUGCGACAUCCAUUGACGAACAAACAAAGAACCGUGUCACCUCCGCUUGAAGUUCCUUUGUCGGAUACAUUUAAGGACGCUCAAAUGGAAGUAAAGAGAUCAUUAACCCCGAUUUCUCGAAGGAAGAAGCCCGAUAAGAAAACGAACAAAUCAAUUCCAGACAGUAGGAAGUCUAAUGUGAAAUUCGGCUGGGGAAAAUACUUUGAUCAUGCAGGGGGAAGAGUUACAGCUGUGGAUGCAGCUGAUGAGUACAUGAUUGAUCUUUCACAGUUGUUUCUCGGGCAUAAAUUUGCUCAUGGUUCUUACAGUAGGCUUUACCGGGGAUUAUAUAAGGAUGAACCUGUCGCUGUGAAGAUGAUUCGGUUGCCAGAUGAUGACGAAAAUGGAAGCUUAUCAGCUAGAUUAGAGAAGCAGUUUAAUCGAGAAGUUACUCUUUUGUCGCGCCUUCACCAUGCUAAUGUAGUUAAGUUUAUAGGUGCAUGCAGACAACCACUGGUCUUUUGCAUUGUGACCGAGUACUUGUCAGAGGGCUCGUUGAGGGCAUACUUGCAUAGGCUUGAACACGAAACACUACCUUUGGAGAAGUUAAUCUCCGUGGCACUUGAAAUUGCUCGUGGAAUGGAAUAUGUGCACGCACAAGGUCUUGUUCAUAGGGAUCUUAAACCCGAAAAUAUUCUAAUUGAUCAAGAUUUUCACAUGAAAAUUGCUGAUUUUGGGAUUGCUUGUGAGGAAGAACACUGUGAUCCUGUUUCAGAUGAUCCUGGAACAUACCGCUGGAUGGCUCCUGAGAUGAUUAGGCACGAUCCUUAUGGACGGAAAGCGGAUGUAUAUAGCUUUGGACUCAUGCUAUGGGAGAUGGUAUCUGGAAGCAUCCCUUAUGAGGACAGGAUGUCUUUCCAGGCUGCUUUCGCUGUUAUGACUACGAAUGCGCGGCCUAACGUUCCUGAGCGCUGUCCUCCAGCAAUGAAAGCUCUAAUAGAACAAUGUUGGUCUCGAGUUCCAAAAGAGAGGCCUGAGUUUUGGCAGAUUGUGAAAGUCCUUGAGGGGUUUGAAUCUUCAUUUGCUAAUGAUGGAACCUUGAAGCUGUUACCAAAUUUUAUCCAGGAUCAAAAGAAGGGUUUUCUGUAUCGAAUACAAAAGCUUAGUACCCCUCACAAUAAUUCUAAUAUUAUGCCUAAACCUAAGUUUAUUUGACACCACUUGGCUUUUGUAGUUCAUUUCAAAUUAUCUUGUAAUAAGUAGGCCUGUUUUUUGUCGCUUUGUUUUGAUAUAGGAAAAAGAAAUAUGCCUUCUUUUUUUUUUUUUUUUCUUUUGAUGGAUACGGGAUGGAUAUAUUAAGUAAGGCGGUUCAAGGCUGGUUGUUAAAUAGUAGUACAAUUCCCACGAGUCCACAACAGGUUUUUGUCUUGCUGUUUUGUUGCCGUUGUUCCAUUUAGUUUUUUAACACUAUUUAUUUGUAUUUUAUUCUUAAUCUAGAUGUCAAAAUAUAGUCAUGUGGGAUCUUGUUUGAUUCGUCUUAAUGUAAAUUUUAUUAAUAUUAA